AUGGCUGCAAAGAAGGGACAAAAAAAGACUGGGCAAAACAUCCAUGGAAAGAACUCUGACAUGGAUGUUGAAGAUCGUCUGCAAGCCGUCGUCUUGACGGAUUCUUACGAAACCAGGUUUAUGCCGCUGACAGCUGUCAAACCCAGAUGUUUGUUACCACUGGCUAAUGUACCACUCAUUGAAUACACUUUGGAGUUUUUGGCUAAAGCUGGCGUUCAUGAAGUUUUUUUAAUUUGCUCUUCUCAUGCCAACCAAAUCAAUGACUAUAUCGAAAAGUCUAAAUGGAACUUACCUUGGUCUCCAUUCAAAAUUACUACAAUUAUGUCUCCCGAAGCCAGAUGUACCGGUGAUGUCAUGAGAGAUCUAGAUAAUAGAGGAAUUAUUACUGGUGAUUUUAUUUUAGUCAGUGGUGACGUGGUGACGAACAUCGACUUCAGCAAAAUGCUGGAGUUCCAUAAAAAAAUGCAUUCACAGGACAAAGAUCAUAUCUCGACAAUGUGCCUGAGCAAAGCCAAUACUUAUCCAAAAACAAGAACCAUUGAACCUGCUGCAUUUGUCUUAGAUAAAUCUACCAAUAGAUGUAUUUAUUACCAAGAUCUACCACUACAAAGCUCUAGAGAAAAGACAUCCAUUCAAAUUGACCCAGAAUUGUUGGAUAAUGUGGAUGAAUUUGUCAUAAGAAAUGACUUGAUUGAUUGUAGGAUCGAUAUUUGCACCUCCCACGUUCCUUUGAUUUUUCAGGAGAACUUCGACUAUCAAUCACUAAGAGCAGACUUCGUCAAAGGUGUCAUCUCGAGUGAUAUCUUGGGAAAACAUAUCUAUGCCUACUUAACAGAUGAGUAUGCCGUAAGAGUUGAAAGUUGGCAGACAUAUGAUACUAUUUCUCAAGAUUUCUUAGGAAGAUGGUGUUAUCCAUUGGUCUUGGAUUCUAACAUACAAGACGACCAAACAUACUCCUACGAAUCGAGACACAUAUAUAAAGAAAAGGAUGUUGUUUUAGCGCAAUCCUGUAAAAUUGGUAAGUGUACCGCUAUAGGGUCAGGAACUAAAAUCGGAGAAGGUACUAAAAUCGAAAAUUCGGUAAUUGGUAGAAACUGUCAAAUUGGUGAAAACAUUAGAAUUAAGAAUAGUUUUAUUUGGGAUAAUUGCAUCAUUGAGAACAACAGUAUCAUUGAUCAUUCGUUAAUCGCCUCCAACGCUACGUUAGGGACCGACGUACGCCUAAACGAUGGUUGUAUAAUUGGUUUUAAUGUGAAAAUUGGUGAUAACAUGAAUUUAGAUAGAAACACCAAAAUAUCUGCAAUUCCAUUAAAAAGCACACUCUCAAGUAUGUAUGGAAAUGAUGAUGAUGAGGAGCCUGAAGACAGCGAUGAUCAAGUAUUAGCCAUCUCUGUAGUUGGAGAAAAGGGUGUUGGCUACAUCUAUGAAAGUGAGAUUUCUGACGAUGAAGAUAGCUCCACCGAAACCUAUAGGGAAGUAAACACUUUGAGUAACCAAUUAGAUGAGUUAUAUCUAAGUGAUGAUUCCAUUUCUUCCACCACUAAAAAAACAAAGAAAAAGAGAACGAUGUCUGUCAAUAGUGUAUAUACAGACAGGGAAGAAAUUGAUUCAGAAUUCGAGGAGGAAGAUUUCGAAAAAGAAGGUAUUGCCACAGUGGAACGUGCUAUGGAAAAUAACCAUGAUCUUGACACGGCCUUAUUAGAAUUAAAUACAUUGAGAAUGAGUAUGAACGUUACAUACCAUGAAGUGAGAAUAGCAACAAUAACUGCAUUAUUGAAAAGAGUUUACCAUUUCAUUGCAACCCAAACAUUAGGUCCAAAAGAUGCUGUGGCCAAAGUGUUCAGCCAGUGGGGGCUGCUAUUUAAGAGACAAGCCUUCGAUGAAGAAGAGUACGUUGAUUUGAUGAACAUCAUAAUGGAGAAAAUUGUAGAACAAAGUUUUGACAAACCGGAUUUAAUUCUAUUCAGUGCGCUGGUUUCUCUAUACGAUAAUGACAUCAUUGAAGAGGAUUUGAUCUAUAAAUGGUGGAGCAAUGUUUCUGCUGAUCCUCGUUAUGAUGAAGUCAAGAAAUUGACGGUUAAAUGGGUCGAAUGGCUACAGAACGCCGAUGAAGAAUCUUCCUCAGAAGAGGAAUAA